UCAACUUUACAUGGGCCACGUCUGACAACAUGCACCAUCAGUGGCUGCUGCUAGCUGCAUGCUUUUGGGUGAUAUUCAUGUUCAUGGUUGCUAGCAAGUUUAUCACACUGACUUUUAAAGACCCAGAUGGCUAUGGUGCCAAGCAAGAGCCAUUGAUACCGACAGCUGUGACAAAAGUGGAGGAGGUACAUGUGCCAGAGGAAAAACAUUGGCCUGAAGAAUUCCAGCCAACUGGAAAAGCUUUUUCUGGAAAUCUGAUCCACCAACCCCUGGUUCAUAUGGAAAGACUUGAGCUUCUCAGGAAUGUCUGCAGAGAUGCUGCAUUGAAGGAUCUCUCUCACACUGCAGUUUCCAAAUUCGUCUUGGACCGAAUAUUUGUGUGUGACAAGCACAAGAUCCUGUUCUGUCAGACACCAAAAGUGGGCAACACUCAGUGGAAAAAAGUCCUGAUGGUUUUAAAUGGAGCAUUUUCUUCCAUAGAAGAGAUCCCAGAAAACAUUGUACAUGACCAUGAGAAGAAUGGCCUUCCACGGCUGUCCUCUUUCAGUGACUCUGAGAUUAAGAAACGAUUGAAUUUAUACUUCAAGUUUUUUAUCGUUAGAGAUCCAUUUGAAAGACUCAUUUCUGCAUUUAAAGACAAGUUUGUGCACAAUCCUCGGUUUGAACCUUGGUACCGGCACGAAAUUGCUCCUGGCAUCAUCCGGAAGUACCGCAGGAAUCGCACGGAGACCAAGGGGCUGCAGUUUGAGGAUUUCGUGCGCUAUCUGGGGGACCCCAACCACCGCUGGCUGGAUGUGCAGUUUGGUGACCACAUCAUCCACUGGGUAACAUACGUGGAACUUUGUGCUCCCUGCGAGAUCACCUACAGCGUGAUCGGACACCACGAGACCCUGGAGGACGAUGCUCCCUAUAUCCUGAAAGCAGCAGGCAUAGACCACCUGGUGUCAUACCCCACGAUCCCACCAGGCAUAACAGUGUACAACAGAACAAAAGUGGAGAGGUAUUUUUCAGGAAUUAGCAAGAGAGACAUCAGACGCCUCUAUGCACGAUUCGAAGGCGAUUUCAAACUCUUUGGUUAUCCGGAGCCAGAUUUCCUGCUUAACUGACACCUGGGCUAAGCUCUGAAGAAGUGUCUCUUGGAUUAAUCUGAAUACCAGCUGCAGCACAGACAGAGCUGAGAAUGACCAUUUGUUUUCUAGCUUUUUGAUGUUGCUCCAUUUUUCAGUGAAGUAUUUGUCGUAUGAACAAGUAGGGGCUUCUAGUUGUUGUUUACUGACCAUGUUUUCAGUGAAACAUCACAUAAUCUGUUAGGAAUGAUGUCUCUGUUAUCUGAAAUACAGAACUCCACUUCUCCUCUCUUCCCUCCAGGUAAAAAAAAAAAAAAGAAAAAAGGGGAACAAAUGGGCUGUGAUCUUCCUCUUCUUCUCCCAGACAGAAUGGCAUUUUUAAGGUGUGGUGAAGUAUUUAUAACGAUGGCAGUUUCACUGUAGGUUCACUCUGACAUGUGGGUAAACAUGGUGACUCUUGCUCAUGAGAGAGUUGGGUAGUCUCCCAUGAGCUUUGCAAAUGAGAGGCCAGUACAGGACUAAAACUUGAUGAAAUGCUCAACAAAUAAAAUCAUCUAGGUUCUGUCAUGUGGCUGCUAUAAUAACAGUAAUGCUGAUCUAAUCCCAUUCUUGUUUGUCACAAAAUGAACCUAAUUAGACAGAAGCUUUAGAGAUGUUAAAAAAGGGACUGGUCCCAGAGCUCAGCUGUCUCUGUACUUAAGUGUCUGCUGUACUUACUACUGAUCUAUUGAGCUUCAUAAUUCUACUUUGGAUUCUCAAGAUACUGUUAAACUCCCGGCUGUGUAAGUUACCUGAGAACACCAGAUGCAAAUGGAGCAUAGAAGAAAUAUGAAACUACUAGGGAAACUUUAAGGAAAUUUAUUUUAAGGUAUUAAUUGUAUUUGUGGGAGCACAUACAAUAAUCACGAGAUGCUCUCACACCAUUUAACUUGUUUUUUCUUCUAACAGUUAAGAUUAAUAAA